GUGAUCUCAGAUCACUGAUCCUGAUCCAGAUAAUCCCAAAGGAAUGCACCCUGAGUGUCUUGGAUCUUGGAUCACGGAUCCCCAUCUGGAUCAUCCCAAUGGAACACACCCUAAUAUUUCCAUCCAAACUUGAGUAUUGGUUUAAAAUACUCAAUUAUACUCAAUCCAUUGGAUCAACAUUUUCAAUUUGACUGAAAUCAAUGAUUGACAGGUGCUAGCUUUGGUCACUCCAUCAAGACACCCAUUCAAGAAUGUCUUGGACAGUCGUGCAAACAAUGGUACUCCAAAAAGAUCACGAUAUUCAGACCUUUCGACAAGAAGGCAGUUUAAACGGAAACAGAGAUCAAGGAGUCUCAGUACUUCUUUGAAUAGCUUGCAUCAGCUUUCCAGUGCCAUCAAGUCACUGCAGGUCCCCUCGCCAGUCCAUGAAGAAAUAAAAUGUUCUAAGAAGGAUGUUUUGUCUCCUACAAAGCUCAACCAAGUGUCUGUGGAGGAUUUUGUAGAAAAAGUUGUGGGGAGAAUUUUGAAAGAAGUAGAAAAGGUUUGAAUUCAACUUCAAUACUUAGAAAAUACAGCAGAAGUCAGUUUAAAAACGAGGUAUAAUGAUGUGAUUUUUGUAAAAGAAAAUAACUGAGUAUUUAUAGCGAUACUCACUCUGAUGUCAUCUAUUGAUAAAAAUGUGCCAACCAGAAGGGCAUUUGUUCUUAAACAAAAGAUUCCUUUGUUUGACUCAUUACAAAUUUGAAUAACAAAAACAGUGUUGUCUCCUGUACAUGUAAGUUUCAUCCAAAAUAACGUGGUCUCAUAAAAAACAAGUUGCUCAUAGGAAAGUAGGGGUCAUAAGACAAGGAUCCACUGUGUUGAUAAAAGAAUAAGAAUAAGAAUAUUAUCAUUGUUAUUAUUAUUAUUAUUGUUGUUGUUAUUGUUAUUAUUAUUAUUAUUAUGAGGUUAUGUUUAGUUAUUAUUAUUGUUAUCUAUGACUAUUUUAAACCUGAUGAUUUUUUAUUUCUUUGAGAAUUUAAUUUUUACAUAAAAGCAUUCACCCCAAACACAUUUAAAUGCUUUUCAACGAACCCCAACAGAAAUAGAUUUCUCUGAAUGUAUGUUCUCACAUAGUUCAAUGCUUGGUUCUAAAUUUUAAUUUCUUUGAAUGAAAUCCUAAGUGUACAAUGAAAACGAAAUGUACUGGGCAGUAAUUUACUCUGUUACAGUAACAGAUGUUAUUCUGCAGAUGUCAAUAACAAGCUGAAAUGAAAAGUUUAAAAAUUUGAAAGUGUGAACAUUCAAUUGAUACUUCCUAUGACGGCCAGUUUAUUAUGCUGUACAUGUACAUUAUGCUUCUCUAACUUUUAUCAUGAUCUGUAUCUCUCCUAUGGUGAUGUUUUUGAAAAUUAUUUCAUUUUGGCUUCUCAUUAAAUAUUAAAGGGCAUAAAAGAUUUAGUUUUAAAAUGACAGCUGCCUUGCAGCCACCAUUUAAAAAUUCAAAACCAUAUUUUUAAGAAAUUAGCAUAAAGGCAUUUUAAUAUAAUUAUUGGACAUAUAAGUGAUCAUUAGUAUUUUGUCUCCAAAACAUUCUUUUUUAACAGAUUUUUUAUUUUCUCUCGCUAUCAGAGUGACUCAAGAGUCAAAAAAGAGGAUUCCUUGCCAAGUAAUAUGGAAAGUCAUGAGUCAAUUAUUCUGCAGAUGAAUAAAGAAAGACUGAGACUUGAAAGGCAGUUGUCUUUGUUAAUGAAGGCAAGUUUCUUGCAAAUGGUUUCCUGUCAUUCUGAUUUUUGUAAACCUUGGUUUACUAGAUUAUCAAGCAAACUUUCAUAUGUUAACUUUCAGCCAGAUUUUUUGUAAAUAAAAUAAAAUAAUUUUUUUUUUAGCUUUUUAUUAUGCAUACUUAUUUUAUAAUAUUAUUAUUUUUCAUUGUAGCUACAGUCAUGUUGAAUAACUUGUGUCAAAGUUCAAAGACACCAGCUUGAUGAAUAUUCAUAAGUCAGAGUCAAUCCAACCAAAAUAUUUUGCCUUACUCUUCAAAGCUCUUGUACAAUACAUACAUAUUGUUAGCAAGAUGCCUUUAAAUCAUUACAGUAUUUAAGGUAGUAGCAAGAUAUUAACUUGUUAAUGCUUAUAGUUUUUUUAUCAACAUUGUUAUUAUGAGGACAACCAGGAACUAGAAUUUGUAUCAUAUUUUUCCCUCCUUCAUCUCUAACUAAGCUACAUGUAGUUUGUGAUAUUGCAUCUUUCAGGAGCAAGCAAGGUAUAACAAGCCAUUGAACAGUACUACUACAGUAACUGCAGCUACAGUCCUUGAAAAGGAAUUAGAAUCAAAGCAAAAGGAGCUCUGUGACCUUCAAAAGCAGUGCAAACAGUUACAAGAACUCUUACUGGAACUUCCUGUAGUUAAGGAAGAACUAUACAAGAGCAAAAAAGACACAAAGGCUAUUAGUGAGGUUCUUUUCCAGAGCCGUAAAAAGAAUGCUGAGCUCAAAGAUCAAGUUGGCAAACUAAAUAAACAAAUAGAAGACUUUGAAACUUUUACUGAGCAGUACAGAGAUCUCCAGAACAGAUUAAAGGGUGUAACCAAUGAAAGAGAUAAAAACGCUUGUGAAAUUCAGAGACUGUGUAGCAUUGUUGAGGACAAGGACGAGGAAGUUCAAAGAAAUAGAGCUCACUGCACAACACUGAAAGGAUUGGUAGAUAGAUUAGAGGUGAGAUGAAUGACUGAGCACUUGGUCCACAGCUCGGAUCAGAAAUUUGAUGAACUAAUAUAGCUAAAAUUUGCCCAUGGGUACACAUGUAUAAACACUGGUGGAAAAUAUCCUUGGUACACUGUAGACUGUAUGACAAUUUUUAACAGCAUCUUGGUGUUGUAAGGUACUUCUUAAACUUGUACUAAUGUCAGUCAAGUACAGUACAUCAUGCAUUAUCGUAUUUAUAUCAGUCUAUUAAAGACUUCACUCACAUUUCGGGAAUUCCAUGCCGCCUACAAGCCGUGCAUGAUAAUGCUGAUGGCUUAGUAAUGUUUUUAUAGAUGUAAUAGAAUUGGCUUGCUGAAAUUUCAUUUUUUCUUGAAAAAGUGACAUGAAUUUAAAAAUUGGAUCACAAACUACUUCUGGUCUAGAAGCCCGGGACUUCACUGUGCCACUCUUCACUUGGGAAUGCAAUAUUGACUUUCUUUUUUCUUAUUCCAUGUUUUCCUUUUUAACAGAAUGCAGCCCUAGAAGCGGAGAAUUACUUGGCUAUCAGCAGAGAAAAUGAAGCAGGACUCCAGUAUCAGGUCACUUGCUCUCUUGAAUUAAAUGAGUAUUACCGUAUUUGGGGGCAAUUAUUUCAAAUAUUGCUCACUAGAAGUUGUGCUUUAAAUAUUUUGGUCUAUUGUCCCAUGAAAUCAAAAAAAUAAUCACAUCAAAUAAAAUGAACACUGACAUUUUAGGUGUUCCAAAUUUGGUUCCUUGAUCACUUUUUAAUGUCAAUGUCUUCACCAUCAGAGCUUGGAUCGUCACUGAUCAGUUUUGCUGGAUCAGACUCCACUUUAGCUUUAUCCCCACAAUUAACAGGUGUACCACGUUGGGUAUCCCUAGCAGGUAACCUAAAAAAAAUAGGGGUGAUGGGAGGGGGGCGCAAUUAUUCAAGUGAGGCAAUUAUUUUAAACAUUUCUGUAAAGGGGGGUGAUCAUUCGAGGGAGCUGAUAAAUCGAGGGAUGGCUAUUAUUGAAGGAAAUACGGUAUAUACUCACUCCUCAUAUACUCACUGAGCUGUUUAAUUGUAUAAAGUUGAUUCUCUCUCUUAAUGGACACUUAGCCUGGAGAGAGUUGACUUAAAUCUAUUCAGUGCACUGUACUUAUCAUACUAACUAUGAAACAACACAGCUUUGAACUGUUUGAAUUUAUAUGAUAAGGAUUAUGCAAUGUAUCUUGCUUGUCUCUUGCAGGGCUGUCAUUAAGAGCCAGGGGCCGGGGAUUUCCCCCGGCUACUAUGAGUGUGGCCGUGGGCUACUUUUAAUGGAAAAUAAAAGAAAAUUAGAACCAAAAGAAACCCCUUGGGGUUUGAUUCCCCACCUACUUGUUGUAUUUACCCGGUAACUCGAAAUCUUAACGACAACCCUGCUCUUGUGUUUUGGAUGCCUCGUCUGGAGAGAUCCAUGCAGGAGAGAUCUUGCAUUAUUAUAUAACAGUUAGUAUUUUGCAUCAUCAGAUCGACGAGCUACGCUUGUGUUUAGAGUCUAACUCCCAGCAUCUGGAAGACAGCAGAAAACGUGUCGUGGAUUUGGAAAGUCAAUUAAAAACGUCAAGGUCAGCAAUAUAUAUGACAAAGAGUGGAAGCUCUUGUGAGCGGACACCUUCGGCAGCGAAAACGGCUGUGUCCAUAACUGGUGCUUGUCGCUUACCUUACGGGAAUGUAAAAAUACUGAGUUUGUACUGAUUGGUGUUGCGAAAACCGAGGUUUUGUGAAGGUGGCAGUAAGUGAUGGUUAGGAGAGCUUCUACUGUAUAUUUGUUUCCGCCUUUAAAGAAUUUACAAAAAAUAUAACUUCAUGGUAAUUUUAUUUUAAUGGUUAAAAUUCCUUUUAACCAGUGGAUGUCUUUAACGUUGAAAAAGUACUGUACAUACCUUACUAAUACCUGGCUCACUUAAUUAUACGUUUGUUCUGCGUAAAGCGUGGUCCGAAAGUUCUCCAAAACACCUGCAAGUUUUGUUGUUUUUAGUAGCACCAUGCACUUUCACCAAAUGCAAAAGUUCGUUAGCCCUGCUGUUUGACCACAAAGGAUCUUUGAGGGAAGUAUGAAGGACGCGGCAAUGUGUCCUUCCAUGUGAAACUCAACAACGUCCGCAACGUAAAAUGUCAUACUUGUUUCUUUUAAAGACUAGUGACGGAAAAGAAAAAAAUCUAUAGGGCACGAAAGAGAAUUUUGAAAAUUUACGUUGCUAUUUACCCCCCGCCCGUCCCAACUAAGAGGCACUUUCUUUAGUUUUGUGGUGUAUUUUAUCCCCUUUCCCUCUGACUGCGAACUGAGUAAAAAAGUAAACGAUUUUUUUUGUCCAAUUUCUAGAGAGACCGAAGUGGCAACGACAGAGCAGCGUGAGAGGUUGGUUGAACAAAAUGACUUUUUAGCAUCGGAACUUGACAUUCAUAAGAUGGAAAUCUCAAGGCAGGAUAACUUAAUCGACGGACAACAACGUGAAAUACAUGACUUGAAGGUGAAGCUCUCGAACGCUCUUGAACAAAUGGAGGUAUGUAACAUAGCCCCGCCUGUUAACCAGCCCCUGGGGGAGAGGGGUGUCCUAUACCCCACAAGAAAGCCUGAUCGUGGGUUAUAUAGAUCGCUUUAAAAAGCGUAGUCUGAGUAUCAGGCCUUCCAUAGGGAUUAGGAGAGAGAGGAGAUUUUAGAGCGGGAAGGGGAAAGUGUUAUUCUCCUUUGAAAACAAAGCAUACAUUGUCUGUUGUCAAACUAGGUCAUGUUUUUUGUGACGUAGCUAGCCUGCGUGGCAGUUGUUAAUAGAGAAAGGGGAAGGGGGAAUUCAAGCACGCGCGGAGGGGAAAAAUAGACGACAGUAAUGGGAUAGCGAAGGCACUGUUUCAAGAUUAACCGCCUGCUCUCUUGGUUACUGAACUAUACCUCACAGAUUUGCACACCAAAGGGAUACUCUAUCGUAUUUGUUUGGUGAAGAACAACUUUUCAUAGCCCGCAUUUCUUAAAAGUUCCGUUGUAUCCAUAGUAGCCUGCGCAACAAGCGCUUGAAAGUAAUAUGCUUUUCUCGCUCCCUUAUUACUUUCAAGCGCUUGCUACGCGAGCUAUAUCCACGGAAACUCCCUUGAGUACCUAUUGAAGUAUUCUCAAUUUGAAAAUAGCGUUUAUGGUAAAUGCACUUACGGUAAAACUAGUAUCCCCAAAUAAUGCAGCACGUUACACACUCUUUUUCUUGAUGAAGUCUAAUCAAAUAGGCAUUCGUUCUGUUGUCUUUAGUACAUACAAUCUCAGCAACGAGAAGUGGAUGAAUUUACUGAAGAGGAAAGAAGGAACCUUGAGAAAACGCUUUGUGAAAUGGAAGACCAGGUAACCUAAGCUGCUCUAGCAUGCGAAACCAGCCGUCUCUCUUUUGUCCCCGCCCUAUAAGGACGUCUCUCCUACGAAACGUCCCUAGCGACGUGGAGGGAGGAGAGACGGCUCUAUUCGCAUGCUACGUAAGCUUCUUUAGUGUGUUUUCAAAUUGUUCAUGUCGAGAUCACGUGUAUCCAAUACGGAGCUUGAAACAUGGCAAAGACUUAAGCGUAGGCAGUGCAAGAGAAAACGUAUGAUAAACCGCGAAAACAGUUUCUUUGUAAGUAUUUUCGCGUUUUAUUUUUCAUUGUCGCUGUGACUUCGCGCCUCACUCCAUUAUCUGAACGCCUGGAACCAGGCUACAAAGUAAACUGUUUAUUCUCCAUUCCUGACAAAUAUCUUUACGUUUACCUUGUUUGGUGUUUUAGUUAAAACAGAGUAAACUGGAGAGGUCAGAAUUAGAUGCAUCUUUAAGGGAGAAGUCUGCAAAAUAUGAAGAACUUGCAGAAGAAAUGAAACACUCAAGGUAGUUACAAAACUAGUCACGUGAUGGUUUCCACAUGCGACUGUACUACAGUGCUGAUCUAUAACGUACUAUACAUUGUUUUUUGUUUUGAAAGUCCAGGAACCACACCCGAAAAACUACGUCACGAGCACAAGGAUGUGACGGUUGAUUGAUAACAAAACCGUUUCAAAACAAAAUUUUUAACCCUUGGUAAGACAUUGUUGGGUUAAUUCGCUUUGUGCUAGCAAAGUAGUAAGUCCACUCGCAAAUUAGCGCAUUAGGUGUAAAAGUGACGAAUGGAACCCUUUGAUUGGAAAUUUAGUUAAUUAUUAAGUACUAAGUUAAAAGAAAGAAUUGAACUAUUUCGAUCAAUUAACUCAUCUUCUGAGUAAAAGAACGACUGCUGCACAUCUUUUUUUUUAUGUCAUUCACGAUUGAAAAUCCUUGCUUUGAAAGAAUAUGGACUUGUAAUUUACACUGGGGAUUCACUUUUAAAUCAUUAGGCCUUCAAUACUGAAUUCUUUGCUUUUAAAACGAUCUAGCUGUGCUAACAGAAUGGAAACUUUGCCCUCUAUACCACAUGCAAGCUUUUCAUAGCCAGGCGCCGGUUAGGGAAAAGGGAAAAAGUGGUCGCGUGCACGCGUUCCCCCGAGCGCUCUAUAAACUAACUGGUAGCCUGCGUAGCUGUGAAGCAUGGCGGUUUUGGUGGGUGCGCAAACAAGCCAAGGUAGGGGCAGUGAAACUGCGAGGAGAUUGGGGCGGGAGCAACGAGAAACUUCGCCGCUUAUUUUUGGGCGCUUUUGCGACUUCGCCGCUUGGCCCAGUAGUACGCCCGACAAAACCGCCACGCUGGUUAGCUUUUCUAAGUUACUGUUAUUUAUAUUCAGAGGCCUUUUGCAAGAUAAACAAGAAGAACUGGACGCUACUCAGUCACAGGCUCACUGGAUUGUCUUGCAGCAAGAGGCAGUUAUAGCGGAAACCUCAAAGGAGUUGAAUGGGAUCUGGGAGCUCGUUAACGAUUGGCUUUGUAACUUAAGCAAGGAAUGUUCACAGGAGGUACAGAGGAAAGUUACAUUACACUAGCUACAAUCAAAUUAGCCUGUUCCAACUUCCGUGGUCUGUCGGGUCCGCGAAAUUGAAAAGGCGCGAACAAAUCACGCGCUUAUGUUUCCGCGUGCCUUUUACUUACACGUCACCCCCAUGAUCUGAGAGCCUGGGACAGGCUACAAAGUCAUCAAAUCCCACUGGGUGAUUUAAUUACUUCUAUACUUCGCUCUCUAAGCUAACCCUGAAAAAAUCGAAUAAUAUGUUCAAUAUUGCAUAUAAUAUAUUGCUUGCGCUUCGCGUUUAAUUACUGGAAAAGCAACUAAACACAAAUUACUAGUUUUGGCGCACCUUUCACUUGAUUGUCACAAAACCAGAGCAAAUGCAGACAAUUAAAUAAGCCAAUCAUAUCUCGAGUCUCAAGCAAAUACUUGUACUAGGCGCGCACGCGGAAACGCUUGCGACGCAUGCGAACAAGUGAAGACUGGUUAUAAAAAUGUAAGGAUAGAUUUCCGCUGUCGCGCAAUUUUGACCUACCUAAGCUCAUAAAUUUUACGCGUGUAUAUUAGAGGCAAUAAAUGAAAGGCUGCGCGUAAACGUUAAAAUUGAGCGAUGAUCAUCUUUUACGUUUACGCGGGACCUCUCAUACAUUGCCUCUAUGGAUACGUAAAAAAAAUAGAGGCGAUUUAUAGAAUGCCGUGCUUAGACGUAAAAGUAAAGCGAGGUUUAGUAUACGUGCGUACUCACGUAAAGAUAACGCGGAGCUGCUCGAGGUACUUCAAGCGCUGUAACGUCAGGUUUCACGAUUUACACAUUACUAUCUUGGAGCCUGGAACAAACCAACCUGUAAUAUAACCGUGAAAGCUAACAAGGUUGUUAAGUUCUUUCCACGCUUAACUAAAAAUGACCUUCAGGUUGAUGAGGAUAGUAGUGCCAACGCCGAUGUAUCUGACAAGGAAAGCCCCGGAAGUGACGCGAGCGACUGCAUCAUGCCUCUUAAGUCUCUAGUACAGAGCGUUCUAGAAGCUACAGCCGUGAGGGAGAGCAACCUACAGCCCGUGAGUAGCAUGAUUGCAUGAAAAUGGUUAGCACAUUCCUUGUUAUCUUUCUGUACAAAGAAACUAUAGCAGCCAGAAAGUCACGAUUACUUUUCUAUGCCAAAUGUAACAUGUUGACGAAUGAUUACUUGAAAUAUUCCCUGAUCUCUCUCUCGCCAUGGCUCGGCACGUCGUCAAGGGUAACACGCAGAAUUAGCAAAGAAAGGGCGUCGACAGUGACGAUGGCGCGCGCAGGCCAAAGAAUCGGCUCGACCAGUGGCAGGGCGCCAAAUUGGGCACCGGAAGUCGCGUUCAGUCCUUUCCAUGCUCUUUCGAGUUGGCGUUUGAGGCUGUGCGUUGACUUUGCUGGUAGCCAUCUUAUUCAGAUCAAACUAAUAAGUGAAAUUUAAUAUUCUUGAUUUUUGAUAGCAGGGAACUAACGUUGAUUCAUUUGUUUAUGUCUCAGGCGGACCGACCUCGCGUGAAAUUAAGCCCCAUUUUUGAAAGAAGCGAAGAUGAAUUCGAAAGCUCUCGACCGACUUCCGAAGGUGAACUCGACAGCUCUCGACUGACUUCGGAAGAUGAAGAAAAACUACCGACUUUGGCCGAUCAGGCCUUAGAAAUUAAGCAAGCCUUACUACAGUUGGCGAAGAUAGCUAGUGACCAGGUCGCCCCUGUCCAGGCGCAGAAUACGAUCAAAAGUCUGCAAGAAGAAAGGUUUGAUGAUUAACUCAUAUUAAUGACGUUCAUUUUGUCUGUGUCUGUCUUAUGAUAAGAACUUCUACUUCUACUGAUAUUCUCUCAAACCUUUUCGAGUUCGCAUUGAAAAGAAGCCACCAGCCUUGCCCUAGUAAGGGUGAAAAAUGAUUUCCUUUUUUUUAUUAAUUACAUGAACUACUUUAACCGUGACUGUGUUUGUAAACCCCGUAUCGGAAAACUUGUAAAGAAAUUUGAUGAACUUGAACAUUUGUUACCCAUCCCAAAUUGAUUGCCAUGGCCCCGGUUGUUCAACUUUGGAUAACGCCAGUUGUUCAAAAGCUGGAUGGCGCUAUCCAUUGGAUAAGUCACUUAUCGAGCGGAUAAGGCCCGGUUCAAACGUCGAAUUUCACAUGUGCCGAACCUAUUAAACGCGAGAGUUAAAUGCAUGUGAAGUGCGACGUUUGAAUCAAUUAAAUUCGACUGUGUAAAUUAAAUGCAACGUUUGCCGUAUCCGUGACUGGCUUUAACAUUUGUUACAAGCCGGGCCUGAGGCCUGUUUCUUGAAAGUCCCGAUAACUUGUCGGGCCCGAAAAGCUGUUUACGUUUGCCACGUUUGCGUUCAAGAUCAAUGUGUCAUUAAUUUUGAAAAUGAUACAAUGAAAAUAUCAGAUAGCAAAGCAAAAUUCACCAGUUAGUGAACUAGAAACUGUGCUACUAUUCAAAUGGAUUUGAUUUCAAAAUUCGCUUCCGGACCCAAAAAGUUACCGGGCCUUUCGAGUAACUACCCCCUGGGCGCACAACUCCUAAAAUCUAAUCCAUUAUUUUUUUAUUAUUAUUUUUUUUGUUUUGGUAGAGUUUCAUUAGGAAAGGAACACAAGUCAGCGCUUGAAAAUCUCCAGAAAGAACUUGAAGACUCCAGAAAAUCAGAAACCAGUCUGCGCCGAGAGUUGUCAAAGAAAAGCAGCGAAUUAACUUCUCUUCAGAAACAGCUUGAGGAGAGUCGAACCAAUCUGGAGUAUACAUUUAGAAAAGUCGAAUCUCUCAGUGAACAGUACGAGAAAACUAUUGACCAACAGGCUAAAGUAACGGUAAAAACUGAAUUUUCCCUUUUUUGUAUCGACUAAGCCAAAAAAAGAAUUCUAGCCACUAUGCUCUCUGUUCCGCAGAGGCUGUCGCUGGGAACCCAGCCUCCCGACGACACAAAAGGGAGGUUUAGCAGCGACGGCAACGAGAACGUCAAAACAGCAAUAGGUUUAUUAAGCAAAACUAAAGGUUUGCACGUGCAUCAGGCUUUUUUGCACAUUUCUUUGUCGUUUCUGCACGACUACGAGGUGAAAAUGCCUAAUUUUACGUUUUAUGGAGGACGUAAACAAGCGACGACGAAACUUUCUUUCUCUUUCUAAACUCGAGUGCCUUUCCCAAGAAAUCAACUCUAGCGGAAUUUGGCUACAGUAGACAUUUUCAGCGAAUUGGAAUAAAUGCGACAAAGUUUGAAAAAACGCUAAUUCGUUUUAAGAGUGACGUUUUCGCUGCCGUCGCCGUCGACGAUGCUAAAACUCCCUAAAGAGGCCUCAGCGGAGCUGAGAGGGCCACAUGGACAGACCGAUUGUUUUACCGAUAAUUACUAUCACUAUUCUCAUUACUGUCAUUAGCAGUACAUUUCAGUUUAGCCUGUGGAGGGAAAUAUCGAAGAUAGGACGAGGAAACACAAUUUGCUGUUGUUAUCCAAUGUUAAAAUCGUUAAAGUUAGGGACACAGUUGGGUUUAUUUUAGAUCCUCGUUAAAGUUAGGGACAUAGUUGGGUUUAUUUUAGAUCCUCGAUGCUAAUGCGUAUGGUUCAGUGGCUACACUGUUUAUGUAAAACAUAAUGCAAGACUUAUCUUGUGAGCUUUCUUUGUAUGUCUUUGUUCUUACAAGUCUCUUUUAGCUUGGUUAUUUUAGUUCUCUGCAGAUCCUCUAAAAAGAGUCUCAGCACUAUAAAUCGGAAGAAAAGAUUCUUCUCCUUGCUGCAGACAUGCCAAACACUGUAGCUUAUUCUGACAAAAAAAUCCGUUAAGCUUGUUUUGUUUUGGCACCAGGAGCUCACUGAAGAUCUUCGGCGCCUUACUAAAGACAUCAAGGCAAUGGAAGUUGAAAAUGAGAGUGUGUCGCAGCAGUUGAAAGAAAGUCUGGCCAAGCUUGAUGACCUUUCACAAACCCAGCCUGACGUUAACAACAGACAACACCUUCUUGGUACGAUGUUGGAGGAAAAAUUCAAUUUGGAAAAGAAGGUAAUGUACAGUCAUUUCUUUGAAUGUGCUGUCGAUUACUAAAACCGAAAACAAACUACCGUUUAAGGUGUAGCUUGUUUUAGCAAACUCUGGGCAGAAAAACUGUGACGAUUGGAAUUCUGACGCUUUUGGAAUGCUUCCUACAUGGGAUUGCGGAUUUUAUAAUGGAGGCAAUAUUUCUAUAGUUAGCUUUAGCUGAUUUUUAUUCUUAAAUUGGAGUACGGCCCAUCGGAACUCGUCCUACUCGCUUUGUUCUUUGUCCGUAAAGGUCAGGUGGUCUCUUUCCUCGCCCCAAACUCAGAGUUCACUAAUCUUCAUCAUCUCCAAAGUCAGUGCCACUCAACUCUUUAGGGCACUAACAACCGUCAAACAUGAGUCUUUCCUACCCAAAUUACACUUGGUGAAAAGAAUUAGAGCUUAUGUGUGGGUAUGGCGAUAGUUGAGUGUGUAUGAGUUUCCGAAGCAUCUUAUGCCUCUCCGAACUAGUCCUCACUGAGUCCUGUCGCAUCCAAAUUGAGAGUCUUUGGGUGGGAAUUGCAUUCACUCUUUCCAUUAGCGUUAUAUAUUUUUAUUACGAUCCCGACCAUAACGGCAUUGAAAGGGUAAAUAAAUAAAAUAAAUGAAUAACGAUUAGGAGGUAGCACAUCCACAAAGUGGUUCUUCGGCUACCUUAUUCCUGGUCGAAUUGGAAUUUGGAACUGUUGGUUUUUGAGGAGAGGGGAAAACUGGAGUAACCGGAGAAAAACCUCUCGGAGCAAGGGAGAGAACCAACAACAAACUCAACCCACCUAUGCGUGGACACCAGGAUUUGAACCCGGGCCACAUUGGUGGGGGGCGAGCGCUCGGCUCUCACCACUGCGCCAUCCCUUGCUCCCCAAAGGUACCUUUAUGAAGGGCGAAAACCAGAAACUAUUUCAUUUUGUGACUGCGAUAUGAGAUGAAUUCAGUUGUGAAAAUUUGUUUCCCUGCUUGUAGAUACAAACGCUGAAAGAGAAGUCUGUAAACUAUCGUAUGCAGACUGAAGACUAUAUGUCAGAAUACAAGUACAGAACAAAUACAAAGGUAACACGUCUGACCAUCUCCCGUCCCCUUCCCCCUAUUUAUUUCUUCUUCCGCCAAGUUCUGUUGACAUAUUGGAAAAAAACGAGUCUAAGUGAGAGAGAUCUGCAGCACCGACUGUCAUAAAUGUGGUAAUGUAAAGUUGGCACAAAAUUGUUUAAGUUGAAGUCACAACUCAUGCACAGGCGUAGAACAGUGAACUUUCUCUAAGAAGGACGCCGUGUUGGAGACCAUAAGUUUCGUCACUUACAGAAAUGCCCGUCUUAUAUAAGAGUAAAGGAAAAUGACUGGCGAACACCAGGGUCCAACUCGUAGGUGUCCGUUAAGGAAGUCUUCGCUUUAUAGAGAGUAAAAGAAAAUAACUUGAGUAUGGCAAGGACCAACUCUAAGUGUCCGUUUUAGGGAGGUUACCAUCUUUUAAUGCUUUUGAAAGGGCUGGAAACAAUUUUGCCAGGUUGAAACCCUUCCUGAGUAAAGGCAAUCCUCGGUUUUUCUAUUGUUUGUUUGCUUUUUUCUGAUUUUUUCCCGGCAGUAGUACACAACUUCCAUGAUGUAAUGUUGUAAUUUCAACUGUAACCUAAUAUGCGCAUUUAUCAUAUUUUCUACAGAUACGAGUCCUUGAAGGCAACAUUGAGAAGGCUGAAGCGGAGAUCUGCCGCCUAGAUGGUUUGCUAGAAAAGAUUCGACUGGUAAGUUGUAGUUUGUUAUUCUAUUCUUAUCUUAUCAGAAGAACAAAAAACACGACGCUGCAAGAGAUUUGACGACGUUUCUUUCUUCUAUCACCAUCAACUCACUUAUCACCAACUAUUUACGUGUACAAGCAAAUGUUAGCUUUUGAAUAAGAGAUAAUAAGAAUAAGAAAUUGGAAAUUCUCUCCCAUGAUCGGAGUAGUGCCCUCAGACACAUUACGUAACUUCAAGCACUCUUCCUUGCCUACCAUUAGACUUUUAAAAGUACCUACAAAUUGUAGUUAGCUGCACAGGCUGUAAACCCUUCAGUACCUUGUCUGAUAAGAGCGAGUCAGAAAACAUUGACUGCGUGGGAAAGACGCUUAAAAUUCUCUCUACCCACCUUUGACGGCGUUUUGCCGGCGUUUUCAUUGAUCUUAGUCAUAUUAUUCCUGCAGUUGACCAUACAUGAUCAUUAUUUUUCCGUUUUCUGACAAACAAUUAAGUUUAAUGCUUUUGAAAAUGAUGCUGAAAUAUCGACAUGGCUCCUUUAAAACACUAAAAAUAACAAGCAAUACAGUACAAGAAUGAUAUAAGAACGUCGUCAGGGUUCAAAGAAUAACUGAACUUUUCAUGUUCCCCUAGGUCUUGCACAAGUAUCAAGAUAUGGUAACAAGCUGCCCAGAUCUGAACAAGUUACUAUCAUUUCUCGAUGGCCAGGAUAUUCAAUAGUUACCCACUUCCAUUUAGCUCUUUUUACUAACUUUUCAUCAUAUAGUCCUUCGUCUCAAGGUUUUAGUCAUGCUUUUAUUACUACUUUUUAAAAUAUGUUACUGUUUGUCUGGUGUUUCAUGAUGUUGAAGCCGGCCAUCAUCGACUAUACUUAGGUUUCUUUUGGCAGUUGAUCCCCUAAAUAGAGCUUCCUUGGUUCUUACUUCCUGGGACUUUCAACCUGCAAACUCCUUUCACUUCACUCAUAUUUGAUCUCAUCCACCG